AUGGUAUUGCAAUUACUUCUGUAUACAUCUUUUAGUUUUAUUUUCUUAUUUUUUCUAAGCGUGUACUGGAAAUUUAUUCGUUCAUCAAAACGUAUCUACGAUACACUUCAGAGUCAAGGUAUACCUAGUGAACCAUUUGUACCCAUUGUCGGGCAACUGUCUGAAUUACGUCGUCGCCGUGAACAAGGUCAAUUAUUAGAAUAUCAUCAAGAAUUAACUAAAAAACAUGGAUUAAUCUAUCUGUUUUGGCUGGGUCCAUAUUCUCGUCUUGUUAUACAAGAACCUGAUUUGAUUGCUGAUGUUGUCGGUAGAACAAGCGCUCAGAAUUAUAUGAAACCGGUUGAUCUUGGUCUUCGCUUAAAACCAAUUAUUGGUAUUCAUAAUCUUUUUGUUAGUAAUGGAACUGAACAUGAACGAGCUCGAAAAAUGCUCAAUCCAGCAUUUCACUUUACUAAUCUUCGAUCUAUGGUUUCUAUUAUGACAUAUCAAACACAAAAGUCAAUAGAUACACUUCUUGAAUCAUCGUCAGCAAUUAAUUUGGCCAUAGAAUUUAGUAAUUUGACAUUAUCUAUCAUUGCUUCGAGUGCUUUCGGUAAAAGUUUUGAAACAAUGACAAAUGCACGGGAAAUUGUUGUUCGUGGAUUUACUGAAGUCCUAUCAGCUAUUUCUUAUCGUGCUUCACGAAUGAUUACAUUUUUUCCUAUUGUAUCACAAUUACCAUUUUGGAAAAAGAAUAUUGUUGAUAAAGGUACUCGAGACGUGAAUAAUUUUGUUGAUCAAAUUAUAACUGAUCGAAGACAAGGUCAAUCGGAAAGUUUAUGUGCAGGUACAGAUCUUCUUGAUUUACUUCUUUCUGCUGUCGAUACUCAAGGGCAACCAUUUACUGAUCAAGAAAUAAAAGAUCAAGCAUUAACAUUUGUAUUUGCUGGCCAUGAAACAACAAGUAAUUUAAUGGUAUGGGUUAUCUAUGAAUUAAUGACAAAUCCAUCUGUUUAUCGAGCUUGUCAAGAUGAAGUUGAUCGAAUAUUACCCGAUGGAAUGAUUCCAACUUAUGAACAUUUGAAUGAGUUACAUACAAUUGAAGCUGUUCUUCAAGAAACACUUCGUUUAUAUCCUCCGGCACCAUUUUUUAUUCGACAAUGCAUCAAAGAACAAACCAUUGGAUCUACAACUGAUCAUCCGUUUCGUAUUCCAGAAGGAGCUAUAAUUCUUACCAAUGUAUAUGCAGUUCACCGUCGAUCUGAAUAUUGGCCAAAACCAAAUGAAUUCGAUUAUACCCGUUGGUUACGUGAUCCGGUAACUAAUUUGAAACCAAAACUAGCUCAUCCAUUCUGUUAUUUACCAUUUGCUGCUGGGCCGCGAAACUGUAUUGGCCAAAAUUUUGCAUCACUCGAAGCUAAAGUUAUUUUAGCGAUGCUUGUACAACAAUGUCAUUUUCAAUUGGAACCAGGACAAAAGAUAGUACCUGAAAUUCGACUAACGAUGAGACCAAAAUAUGGUUUGUUAGCGAAAAUUACUCGCAGGCGAUAG